CAUUUGAAACUUGUAACUAAUUCAAAUACAGACGAGCGUGAAAUAUUUUGUUGUUUGUAAAUUUUUGGUAAAAUGGAAACAAAUCGGGAACAGCCCACGGACGAUGCCUCGCGGGGCAUGCCCAAUGCGGGUUCUGAACUCGGCAGCGACUCGCUGCACACCUCCGACAGUCUGAUCACCCUGAAGGAGGGUGAGCAACUCGGCUUGGAACUCACCACAGAUGCCAUACAUCUGGACUUGAUGGUGGAGAAAGGUUUAAUCGAUUACGACUCGCUGGACAAGCCAACGGACGAGGAUGACCUCGAUUUCGAUGACUAUCAGCACCGUUUGACCGUGGAAGCUGCAGUCUCCGGCCACAUCGAAGAUUUGGUCCAAGAGAUGCGCAGCGAAUUCAUGAAGAAAACCCUCUGCAAGGCCAAGCAUCUCAAGUCGGCAUUCAUGAAGAAGGGCUUGAAGUGUGGCUACAAAAAGCUGAAGUCCGAGUCUGAGGCGGAGUUACAGGAAGACAUUGAGGAGGAGGAAGCUGAAGAGCAGAAGUCUAAGGAAGAGUUUGGCAGCAAGAAGGAAGCUGAAGAGUUGCUGCCUGAAGUGCAGAACUCUAAGGAGGAAUUACUCCCCGGAGAACAGAACCCCAAGGAAGAGUUUGACAGCAAGGAGGCUGAAAUCAAUCAGCUUGUCGUCCAGAUCAAUGAAUUCACGUCGAACAUGGAGCAGAGUCCACCAGACAGCGCCGAUUGGCAGCAAUUUCGUGGCAGCCUGUCGAAAGUUUGCCAGAUUUAUCAGCCAGCAAAGGAAGUGCCAGAUCCCGAGUCAAUCUCCGAACUAAUCCCCGACCAGCCACUGCAGAGCUUGAAAGGUCGCGCCGCACAGUUGCGCCACAAAAUCAGUGGCAUGGAGGGCAAAAUGGUCUCGUUGGAUCAGCGUUUUGGCCAAUUCUGCGAUCAAUUGGACAGCAGCAGGAUCGACAAGGAGCGCACGGAGCGGGACAUGGCCAUACUGCGGUGCAUGCAGGAGAGGAUUGGACGCCGACUGACCCAAAUGGAGACGGAUUUGCAGCAGUCCCACGAGCAUUUGCUGAACAAAACCAAAACGGUGUUGGAGGAGUUGAAGUGUUCCGAGGGCGAUGGAGGAGGAGGAGACGGCGUUGGGGAGCUGCCUUCAUCCUCUGAUUACGGAGCAUGAGCUGGCACUUUGGCACCAUUACUUAUCGACUGUUUGCCCCCCAUCAUUAGUGUUUGUGUGUGUUUGUGUGUGGCAAGCAGCGAUGAUUACAAGUUGCAUGCAAAGUG